AUGCCGCCCCCGCUACCUUCAGAGACGAAAUCAAAGUAUGGUAUUUCUCGCAGUCACAUACCUCUGCCUCGACAAGGCACGCUCGAUGGAUUCUUCAGCCGUCGUUCGGACAGCAAUUUCCCACCGGCCAGAACACCUGCUGCAGCGAAGAAGACAUCCCCGGCACAACCCGCACAGAAGUCGAACUUCGCUGUCGUCAUCAAGUCCAGUCCCAGGAAACCCUCGCGAACAACUCCAACAAGAACGGUAGAAGAUGAUGCUGACGACUUGGUCAUAUCCGACCUCUCUCCUCAAUUCAGGAGGCUCGCAGCUCAGGCGGCUUCAAGUGUAAGCCUGUCCAAACCGGCCUUGCCAGACAUGGACAUUGAUGAGCCAGAGGAUGAGGUGGAGGCCGAGGCUGAAGCUGAGGUUGAAGAAGCAGUGUCGUCUGGCGCAACUCCUCAGCCGCAGCCAAAGAGACGCGGACGGCCCAAGGGGGCUCUCAAUAAGUUCCCGCGGGAUGCAGGAGAGGGACCAAGGAAACUACGCCCGGACAGGCCAAAGGCAGGUCAAAUGUAUGCGGGAAAGCAGAAGCGGCGUGGUCGACCACCAAGGGCAGCUUCGCCUCAACCGAGGGCCAUUUACGAAGGUCUGAGUCCACACUUCAACGUCUACAUUUGCGAAUGGGAAGGCUGCGUGGCUGAGCUUCACAACUUUUCUACCCUUCAGAAGCAUGUUGCUGUAGCACACGCGAGAAACCAGCCGUAUCGGUGCCAUUGGGCCAAGUGCGCCAAACAGCAACCGCCUCGCGACUUCCCCACAUCAGAAGACCUCGAAUCACAUAUUGAGGAUCUACAUAUGCUUCCUGUCGCCUGGCAGGUAGGGGACGGGCCGCAGGUGUCAGUCAAGCGAUAUGCUCCCAAUGAUGGGACCGAGCUCCCAGACUACCUUUUCGAUGAGGCGGGCAAUCAGAUCACACCGUCGAUCCAGGAUCAGCGAGAGGAAGAUUUCCUUACUUGGCGCAACAACAGGCGAAAGCUGAAGGACCUUCUUCUCCUGCGAGAUCAAAACCUGCCAAGUGAAGAAGAGGAUAACGGAGCAGAGGACAUGCCGGUAGACGAAUGA